AACACGUUUCCCCCUCCUAUUCUCCCGACGUCUCUCGUUACCACAACCUGCAACUGCACCCCUACCUGCUGGCAGCUUGCUGUUUGAUCGGCGGAUCUCUGUUCCCCCCAUGGCUUAUCGUCCUAACUACCAGGGCGGCCGCCGGGGAGGUGGAGCGCCUGGCCGCGGCGGCGGAGGAAGAGGAAGAGGAGGCAGCGGAGGUGGAGGCGGAGGCGGAGGUGGAGGAAGAGGCGAGCAACGCUGGUGGGACCCCGUCUGGCGAGCGGAGCGAUUGAGGCAGCAAGCUGCUGAGAUGGAGGUUCUUGACGAAAAUGAAUGGCGGAAUAAGAUCGAGCAAAUGAAGGUGGGAGGGGAGCAGGAGAUGAUCAUAAAACGGAGUUUCAGCCGUGCUGACCAGGAAAAAUUGGCAGACAUGGCAUAUCAAUUUGGUCUUCACUUUCAUGCGUAUAGCAAAGGGAAGACACUAGUGGUUAGCAAAGUUCCGCUCCCAAAUUACCGGGCAGAUCUUGAUGAGCGCCAUGGCUCCACUCAGAAAGAGAUCCGAAUGUCCACCGAGACUGAGAGGAAAGUUGGAAGUCUUCUUGGUAGCUCGCUGGGAGCUAGUCCUGCUAAAGGUUCUAGUUCCACAUAUCCUCAAGAAUCCUCACAAUCAUCAAGUGCAGUGAAAGUAAUAAAACCUGUCUCAAAGGAAAUUGAUUCUGCCAAGGAGAAACUGAGUUUGGAACUAAAGCAGAAGCAGGAUGAGCUCAGGGCAAGCAAUGGUGUGAAGGAAAUCCGAUCCUUUAGAGAAAAGUUGCCUGCAUUCAAGGCCAAAGCUGAAUUUCUAAAAGCUGUUGCGGAGAAUCAGGUUUUGGUAAUUUCAGGAGAGACUGGUUGUGGUAAAACAACUCAGCUUCCACAAUACAUAUUAGAAGAGGAGAUCUCGGCAUUGCGUGGGGGUUCCUGCAGCAUAAUUUGCACACAGCCCCGUCGUAUAUCUGCGAUAUCUGUUGCUGCUCGGGUGUCCUCUGAAAGAGGAGAGCCUCUUGGUGGAAGUGUCGGUUAUCAGAUUCGCCUGGAAUCAAAGCGAUCUGCUCUAACUAGGCUUCUUUUCUGCACCACUGGCGUAUUGCUGAGACAAUUGGUUCAGGAUCCAAAUUUAACCGGUGUCACACAUUUGUUAGUUGAUGAAAUUCAUGAGAGGGGCAUGAACGAGGACUUCUUAUUGAUUAUUUUGCGUGAUCUCCUUCCUCGGAGACCAGACUUGCGCCUCAUUCUAAUGAGUGCAACAAUCAAUGCAGACUUGUUCUCAAAAUACUUUGGAAAUGCACCAACGAUUCACAUACCGGGAUUUACCUUUCCUGUGGUCGACUUCUUUCUAGAGGAUAUUCUGGAGAAAAGCCGUUAUAAGAUACAACCUGAGUCUGACAAUAUGCAGGGGAGUUCAAGAAGAGGCAGAAGAAGAAGAGAUCAAGAAUCAAAGAAAGAUCCAUUGACAGAAUUGUUUGAGGACAUUGACAUUGAUUCUCACUACAGAAAUUACAGUGCAUCUACACGGAUGUCCCUCGAAGCCUGGUCGAGUUCGCAACUUGAUUUGGGCCUGGUGGAGGCCAGCAUUGAGUAUAUAUGCCGUAGUGAAGGUGAUGGUGCAAUUCUGGUAUUCCUUACUGGGUGGGAUGAAAUCUCCAAGCUACUAGACAAGAUAAAAGGAAACAGACUUCUAGGAGACCAAAGCAAGUUCUUAGUGCUUCCUUUGCAUGGUUCAAUGCCUACAAUCAAUCAACGGGAGAUAUUUGACCGUCCUCCCCCUAACAAGAGAAAAAUUGUUCUUGCAACGAAUAUUGCAGAGAGUAGUAUCACCAUUGAUGAUGUUGUGUAUGUCAUAGACUAUGGAAAAGCAAAGGAAACCAGCUACGAUGCUCUAAACAAGCUGGCUUGCCUCUUGCCAAGCUGGAUCUCAAAGGCUUCAGCACAUCAGAGGCGGGGCCGUGCCGGUCGUGUACAAUCAGGAGUUUGUUACAAACUAUAUCCGAAGGUUAUCCAUGAUGCGAUGCUUCAGUAUCAGUUACCUGAAAUCCUCCGUACCCCUUUGCAAGAGCUGUGUCUACAUGUGAAAAGCUUGCAGCUUGGAGCUGUUGGCUCGUUUCUUGCCAAGGCACUUCAGCCACCAGAUUCUCUCUCCGUUCAAAAUGCAAUUGAACUUCUAAAAACCAUCGGGGCUUUGGAUGAUACUGAAGAGCUUACACCUUUAGGUCGCCACCUAUGCACUUUGCCUAUGGAUCCCAACAUCGGCAAGAUGCUCCUGAUUGGUUCCAUUUUCCAGUGCCUUGGUCCUGCCUUAACAAUAGCAGCUGGUCUUGCCCAUCGUGACCCAUUUGUCCUUCCAAUAGAUAGGAAGCAUGAAGCUGAUGCUGCAAAGAGAUCAUUUGCUGGUGAUUCUUGCAGUGACCACAUAGCACUUGUUAAAGCAUUCCAAGGAUACAAAGAAGCCAAACGUACCCGAAGUGAUAGAUCAUUCUGUUGGGACAACUUUUUAUCCCCUGUAACUCUGCGGAUGAUGGAAGAAAUGAGAGAGCAGUUUCGUGACCUACUUACUGACAUUGGGUUUGUGGACAGAUCCAAGACCGCUGAUGCUUACGAUCAAUACAGCCAUGAUUUGGAGAUGGUGUCGGCUGUCCUGUGUGCUGGACUAUACCCAAAAGUUGUACAAUGCAAAAGGAGAGGGAAACGCACUGCAUUCUACACGAAAGAAGAUGGGAAGGUUGACAUUCACCCUGCCUCAGUAAACGCAGGAGUCCACCUCUUCCCACUACCAUACAUGGUCUACAGUGAAAAGGUGAAAACGACUGGAAUUUAUGUUCGAGAUUCGACAAAUAUAUCGGAUUAUGCACUGCUUCUGUUUGGAGGUAACCUUGUUCCAAGCCAGAAUGGCGAUGGGAUUGAGAUGCUUGGCGGUUACCUCCAUUUCUCUGCAUCAAGGAGCGUGCUGGAAUUGAUUCGGAAAUUGCGUGUGGAAUUGGACAAGCUUCUGAAUAGGAAGAUCGAAGACCCAACCUUAGACAUGUCUGCAGAGGGGAAGGGCGUGGUUUCUGCUGUGGUUGAGUUGCUCCACAGUUACUGAAAUGCGGAACUGAAGAUCUCUCUUGGCCUACCUGCUUUGGAGGAAUCGAAAAACUUAUAGCCCUUUUUAAAUCUUAGUGGUGAUAUAUCCUUUGCAAAAGUGAACCAUAUUUUCAGUUAUUAUCCGAUUAUCAUUGCAUAUGACGCUUCUCUGAUGGCAUCUGGUUAGUAAGGAUGGCAAUGGGUCGGGUCGGGGACGGAUAGUACAUAUCCGUUACCCGGCAAUGGGUCGGGUCGGGGACGGAUAGUGCAUAUCCGUUACCCUAUCCAAAGUAGUUCGGGUUUUACUCAUUCCCAUAUCCACAUAAGAAACAGGUAGAAAAUCCAAACCAUGCUCAUACUCGUUCGGGUUUCGGAUAUCCACGGUUAUUCAUUGGUAAUAGUUUCUCUUUCUAACUUCAACCAAUAUAUUAAUAUUCACACG